AUGCUGUUGAAAUUCAUGUACAUAUAUGGAAUAGGCUGUGGUCUGAUGCCUGCUCCUCUGAAGAAAGGACAGUUUCUUUUGGGAUAUAAGCAGAGAUGGUACCUCAUCUAUACGGCCUGCCUGCACGGCGGUCUACUGACCGUCCUGCCCUUCACAUUUCCCCACUACAUGUACGACGACAGCUACAUGAGCAGCAAUCCAGUCCUGAAAUGGACAUUUAAUCUAACCAACAUCACCCGUAUUAUGGCCAUGUUUUCGGGCGUUCUCCUGAUGUGGUUCAGAAGAAAAAGGAUCUUGAAUUUGGGUGAAAACUUAAUACUUCACUGUCUUAAGUGCAAAACACUGGAUAAUCGUUCUAAGAAGUAUUCUAAAUUGCGGAAAAGAGUUCGAAAUGUACUUUUCCAGAUGUUACUCGUCGCAAAUCUCAGCAUUCUGCUGGGGGCUUUAAUUUUGUUUAGAAUUCAUUCAGUACAAAGAAUUAGUAAAACUGCAAUGAUUGUAGCCCAUAUUACACAGUUUAUAUAUGUGGUCUUUAUGAUGACGGGAAUAUGUGUGAUCCUAUUAGUUCUCCACUGGCAAAGUGAGAGACUUCAAAUAGCACUCAAGGACUUGUGCUCCUUUCUUAAUCAUGAAGAACGCAACUCCUUGACUUUAUCAGAAAACAAGGCCAAUAGAUCCCUCGGAAAAUUGGCUAAGCUCUUUAAACUUUUUGCGGAAAAUCAGCGAUUAGUCCGAGAAGUUUUUCGAACCUUUGACUUGCCCAUCGCCCUUCUUUUGCUGAAAAUGUUUGUUACAAACGUGAAUCUGGUUUAUCAUGGAGUGCAAUUUGGCAACGAUACCAUAGAAACCUCAAGUUACACAAGAAUCGUGGGACAGUGGGUGGUGAUUUCUCAUUACUGGAGUGCUGUUUUGCUCAUGAAUGUUGUGGAUGACGUGACGCGGAGAAGUGACCUGAAAAUGGGAGACCUCCUGCGAGAAUUCAGUCAUCUGGAGCUGGUCAAAAGGGACUUUCAUUUGCAGCUGGAACUUUUCUCGGAUCACCUUCGUUGUCAUCCGUCAACGUAUAAGGUCUGUGGACUAUUUAUUUUCAAUAAGCAAACGAGUUUGGCUUAUUUUUUCUAUGUGCUGGUUCAAGUUUUGGUGCUUGUACAAUUUGAUUUAAAAAAUAAAGUUGAAAAAAGAAAUUAA